AUGGGUGAGCGGCUAUGCUCGUACCUCGUCCCAGGUUCCAGUAACGACGCCUCGCACCCAAGGCUAGCCAACGCCGUAUAUCCCCCCGGCAGCGUCCUCAGUGACCAUGUACCUGUUGUUCCCAAGGACGCAAGUGAAGGAUCGUCGUGUCCAAAACCGACCUUUACAGCCACUCACAUGGCCCUCCUUCACUAUGCGGAGACGAACAUGUCCGAGUACAUGGCGCUCCAGGGCAGUGUACGGCCACUGAUCGACACUGCUGUGGAACACGCGUUUACGACGCCAUAUCUUCUAGACCAACUACUUGCCUUGUCUGCGCUUCAUCUCUCGACCCGAGACGUGGCGCAGGCUGCAUCUUUCCGUCACCAAGCUACCGAGUUGCAGACACGCGCGUUGGGCUGUUUCAACCAGGCCAAAGACCACAUAUGCGACAGCAACUAUAUGUCGGCUUUCCUAUUCGCCUCGUUCCUGGGCCUCCACGUUCUUCAUGAGACGCUUCAGAUACAACACGACACACUGGCAGGGUUCGUUGAUGGCUUCGUUGGCUACGCUCGUCUACAUAGGGGGGUACGGGCUAUCAUACAAAGCUACUGGCGCGAUAUCCUCCGGUCCGACCUGAAACCUCUUCUAUACAUCCCAAUGUUGUCCGGGCAAACGGAGUCAGAGUGCCCCGGGGAAGAGACGAGGCAGUUGAGAGAAUUCCUCGAGUCGUCCUCGACCUCGUCCACCACCACUGUAGCUUGUCUCUCGGCCCUUGGUAAGGUUCAAUGGGUGCUGGAUAUGACCAAACGAGAACCGUCCAGGUGUAAUGUUGGUACCCAAGCUGUCAUGGCAUGGCCGCUUGUCGUUCCUGAUGACUACAUCGAAGCCCUCCACCAGAACAGACCGGAAGCUCUUGUCGUGCUGGCAUUCUAUGCGUCCAUCAUGCACCGUUAUCGUCACUACUGGAUAUUUGGAGAUUCGGGCUCCUUCUUGGUUGACCUUGUGGCCAAGACGGUUGGCUCUUUCUGGCAGACUGCUUUGGCUUGGCCACUUCAGACUGUAUCGGAAAAUUAG